ACCCGUCCGGGCGGGAGCAACAAUCAUAUCCAAGAUGGAGACGAUAAAUGCUGGACAUAUGAUGAGCUUAGCCGCUCUGCAAAGACAAGAUCCGUACAUAAACAAACUGCUCGAUGUUACCGGACAGGUGGCUCUCUACAACUUUAACUCCAAAGCCAAUGAAUGGGAGAAAACCGACAUCGAAGGUACCCUGUUUGUUUAUGCAAGGUCUGCCUCCCCUCACCAUGGCUUCACCAUAAUGAACAGACUCAGUACUGAGAACCUUGUGGAGCCAAUCAAUAAAGACUUGGAGUUCCAGCUGCAAGAUCCCUUCUUACUCUACAGGAAUGGAAACUUGGGCAUCUACAGUAUUUGGUUCUAUGACAAAAGGGACUGUCAGCGCAUUGCUCAGCUGAUGGUCAAGAUUGUGAAACAAGAAGCAGAUCAUGCCCAGAGAAAGACACCAGAAAGGGCAGAACCCGGGAGAACCAAUGGAGUUGCAGAACCCCGACCCAUUGACAUCCUGGAACUGCUCAGCAAAGCCAAGGAGGAAUACCAGAGAGCCCAGGCAGGUGAAACAGAUGUGUCUACAGAGAUAAACGUGAAAACAACUAUCAUCACAGCUACAGAACAUGCACACAGUGCACCUCCACCCGAAAAGACCUCGCAUACAGUGGUGAAGCAGAUCACGAUUGAGGAGCUCUUUGGCUCAUCUCUUCCCAAGGAACCUUCUCUAGCGACCAAGCCUGGACAGAACCAAAGUGCUUCCAGUGGCCUCUCCACUACCUACGUCCAGAAGCAACCAUAUCUUGCUCCAGCACACCAAAAUCCACUCCUCACUCCACAGCUCACGGCCCAAGACCCUGGGUCCAACCAGCGGCAGCAAGCCCCUGCCCUAAUCCCCGCUCCUUAUGCACUUAACCCUAGUCCGGUUUUCCAGUCAGUAGUCCCAAAGCUAGAACCCCACUCUCACUGUCCUGCCUCCCCUAUGAUUAUGCCUCCGCCUGGAUCAGAGCAUCAUGCUGGACACACUGGUCCUACACCACCUCCAGCUGCUCCUACCACCUAUUUAGGAAAGGAGAUACUCAGCACACUCAAACCAGCAGUGCCAUCCUUGAACUCAGACAUCCACAAACCCACCCUUGCACCCAACUUCCUGCCAAGUACGUUGUUCCCCCCCCACAGUUUCCAAGAGCCCAAGAUAGAUGUUUUUUCUCAGCCUCCAAACCUGAUUAAGCCAAUAUCUACUGUCCCCAUGAGUCCAGGUCUUGCUGUUCCAGGGUCGGAGAUUUCUGUGCUUCUCUCGCCCAGCGCCUUCCAGCAGACUGUCAAUAAAACCACAGCAGCAGCAACAGUGGUCCUUCCUUCCCCCUCUGAGCCAUCUUCUGCCUCUGGCGGGGCCGUAGAUCCUCUUACAUUCCCCUGCAGUAAAACACAGUUACAGGAGACUUUAAUUCACCUCAUUAAGAAUGACCCAGACUUCCUCAGUGCCAUUCAUGAUGCUUACCUUCAGAGUCUUACCAAGGACCUCAGCAACAUGAAGCUAUAGUUCAACCAACACAGAUGGUCUUUGUGACCAGAGAAGAGACUAGAAGAUUGUGGGAGAUACAAUUGCAGCAAACAGGUUGUUUGUACACCACAACUCUUCAGCUGUGGUCCGUGUGCUAAGGAUUAGCACACACCACACCAUUUAACCUUGAUGCUAUUCUGGCUAUUGUGUCACCCCAGACUGACUUUUUGUCUUCGUAUGUCAAGCAAAAACUACUAUGAGUACAAGGAUGAGAUAAGAUUUCCUAAUAUAGCCUUGAGUUGAACAUUUUAAUGUGAUACAAAUGUUCAAACUGUUUAAAAGUUAGUGGUUUAAUUCUUUGGGAGAUGGGACCACAGUGGAGAUUUGGUUGCAUCACACCCCUUUUUACUGUUGGACAGGCAGUUUUUCUGCAGGAACAUUACUGGACUCGCAGAUGCUGUUUCUUUAACUCAUCUCAAGCCUUUAUGUGGCGUUCUCACAGUAUGAGAGCAUGAAAAAACUGAUAAGACACGCUCCAAGUGCUUAUUAAGAAGAAGACAUCUCUGUGAUGACCUCCAGGCAGUUUUUGGGGACAAAAAAGAACUACAAAUGUUUUUCUUUUCUUUUUUUUCUUUUUUUUUCUCAAGUUAUUGAGCCAGAAGAUGAUACUGAAGCCUGUAUAUUUUUGGUAUAGAUAUUCAGAUGAUGCAGUUACUUUUUUUGGCCUUUUGUAGGGAGGAUAAAUGACUUUCAUAGUUAACUAGAGAAGCACUUGCAGCCAAGAACUCAAAUUAAGUGUAUAGUUCCUCUCAGCUUUUUAAUUGUAACAUUUAAAACAAUAACGUCUUUAUGACUCAUACUCAAACCUGCUUCUCUGCUACCUUUCCUUUCUAUAUAUAUUUUUUUUACUUUUUCCUGGCUUUUUUCUCUUUUUUGUCCUUUGCGUCAUCAUGUCUCCUCCACCAGAUGAUUUUACUUUAUGCUUUUGGAGGGGCAUGCGCAGUUCAAAACAGUCAAAGAUUUUAGGGGGACCAGCAUUUUGGUAUAUAUGAGUAUAGUACUCUUUAUAAGAACCUCUUGGUUCUGUUGUUGAUCAAUCAUUUAAGUAAUCACAAGCAAAAAAAAAAAAAAAAAGUGUGAAGGUUGCUACUAAAUCUAGAUUCCUGUUUACAUUCUGCUGUUUUGAUUUAAAAAUGCUCAUGGAAAAGGUGGUGUUGAUUUACUUUUUAUAGCUUCUCUCUGCUUCUCAUUAACCAUAUUGCUAGUGAGAAAAUACAAACUACCUCCAUUCUCAUUCCUCAGUUUCUGUUUUCAAGUCAGUCAUUCUCAACUUGGGUUAUUUAUUUCUGCAGUAAAAGGCUACUGCAGCACACACCCAGACCACUGUGAGAGCAGGAAGCAACUGAGUGGCUAAAAAAGCUGUUAAUGAAAAUAAAAACUGAUUCUGUCUGCAUGAAAAAAAAAAAAUCUACGGAAAGAAAAUACAUUAGAGUCCAAAAAAAUUUUUUUCUUAUCCUGUAACCAUAAAAUGUUGAGCACAUGCAGGAUCAUUUAAACAGCUAAAAGAUUUAAAAAUGAGAGAAAUAAAGUGAAAAGUUUGUCUUUUAAGUGGAGCAGUGAUUAGCAUUAGUUGGCUCGGUAAUCAAGUGACCUAAACACUUUGUCUUCUUUGUGUUAUCAUGACUUUGUGUUUAGUCCCCCCCCCCCCAAUCCUGUUAAACAAACUUCAUAUCUACAUGGUUUCAGUACCUUUUCUUUCCUUUUUAAUCUGGCAAAGGUUAAAUUUAUAAUGUUUUGCCAACAUUUUUGGCAUAUGUUGGUUAAAUAAAGGAUGAUGGAAAUGUCAACAUUGUUUUAAUCCUAGUCAUAUAUUUAAGAUUUUAUUGUUUUGUUUUGUUUUAUUUAUCUUGUUGGCCAAAGUUAUGAUUUUGAGUAAGUCUUUGCAAAUUUACAUUUUCCAAGUUUGUCACUGUGCACAAAUUGGCUUAUUAUAAAUAUUUUGUGAUAAUAAAGAUUUGAAAUUACA